CUACUCGAGCUUCACUUCAGCUGACGAGAGCGGAGGAGGAACUGACACGACUCAAUAACGCGGUUGCCAAUGAGAAGAGUUUGACUGGACGACAGAACAUAUGGCAAGCGAAGGAGCUUCACGCAAAGACGGAGGAUCUUCUUGCUGCCCAUCAGGAAAUGGCAAAAGAGCGUGGAGAGAUGAAGAAUGAACUGGCUUUAGUACAAGAAAAAGUUUAUCGCCUCAAAAACAAUGUACUUGUAGUAGAAAAGCAAAACCAGGUACUGAAUGGGACACUGCAGAUGCUUGAGGAGGAGGAUCAACUGAUGAAGACAACAUACAAUGAACGCAAGAACGAGGCGCUUGAAGAAAUGAACAAACAGUCAGCAAUCGUACGUCAACUUAACGCCGAACUUGAAGAGGCACGCGAGAAUCUUUAUUUGUUGAAUUCCAAAGUGUGCAAGGCUUGUCGUACAGCCAUUUUCCCAAGUGAUUUGCCAGACCCCUCCUCGAGAAGAGGGUAA